AGAAAACAAGGAAAUACUUGUUGGCAAAAGGUGUAAAAAAAUUGGGAUUUUUUGAGAAAAUCAAACUUAAGUGAAGACUGUUUGGUACUAAACAUAUGGACACCUAAUGUGCAAAACAAUAACUCAUCGAAAACACUAAAACCAAUCAUGUUUUGGAUACAUGGAGGGGGUUUGAACGGAGGGUCUGUUGAAUUAUAUAACGGCAGUGUUUUGGCCACAAAUGAUGUGGUGGUUGUGGCCGUGAACUACAGACUCGGAUGGUUUGGUUUCAUAUACGGGGAUCGGGAGGACGCGCCCGGAAAUGUGGGCUUUUAUGACCAGUUAUUAGCUCUGAAAUGGGUUAGAGAAAAUAUACAUCAAUUUGGUGGGGAUAGGGAUCGGAUCACUAUAUUUGGUGAGAGCGCCGGUAGUUGGUCCGUAUCGGCACAUGUAUUAUCGCCCUUAACAAGAGGUUUGUUUAGACGGGCUAUAAUGCAAAGCGGAUCCAUUUUGGGUAAUAAGGACAGGGAUCCCGUCAAUAAAACUGAAGCACUAAAUAUGGCCAAAGAGUUAUCAAAACAACUGAAUUGUACGGAAGGGGAAGAUUGGCUCAAAUGUCUGAGAGGUGUCGACCCCUCGGAAUUUGCAGCACUUUAUAAAAAGCCCACGUAUGCCGUGUUUGGCACGCAAUACCUUCCCGUUUCCGCACAAAACGCAUUUGAAAAUAAUAAUUUUAAUACAGACAUCGAUUUAAUAGCAGGCAUUACACAGAAUGAAGGGUCGACCCUCUCAGAGGCAUAUAUGGGUCGACCCAAGAAUAUGACUGUCCAAACGUACAAUGAAUUGUUAGCUAAUUUAAACGCCAGAAAUUACCCAGUUGAUGUGGAUAGUGUGACCAACUUUUACCUCCGGGGUGUCAACCGAAGUAAUUCAACAGCCCUUCGAUGGGCUUUCUAUGACCUGUUCGCUGAUCUCUGUAUGAAUUGUCCGACUUAUCUGUUCGCCAAACAAAUGGCUAAACAAAUGGGAGGCAGACAUAACGUAUACUUCUAUGAACUCACGUAUCAAAUGCCAGAAAUAGCACAAUUAGGACGUUUGGAGGGCAAAGGGAUUAUUCACGGAAUGGAUGUGCCCUUUGUGUUUGGCAUACCGUUCCUACUUCCUGAUAUAGCCACACCGGUAGAUGUCAACUUCAGUUUACAU